GAUCAGUUGGUUAUCACUGUGCACAGGUAGGCUCUCACACGGAGUUAGGUGUCUUAGAAUAUUUUCUUUUUCUUUGUACCAGGAUCUGUCUGAAGACUUUGAUCACCAUGGCUAAAUCUGAAACUUGUCUCAUCAACUUGAGUUACCAAGAUGGCAGCGAAGGAAGCCCCUCCAACCCUGCCAAGUUCAAAAAUCAAGACUUUGCUCAGAUAAAAGCUGACUACAUCCGCAAAAGAGGACAACUGUUUGAGGACAAUGAGUUCCCACCAAACGGUCAUUCUUUGGGUGAUCUGCCUGACAUGAGUCCCUCAGAGGAGAGUGGAGUGAAAUGGCUUCGACCAGCAGAUUUAUUGAGAGAACAAGGAAAGAAGGAUAAGCCUGCUUUCUGUACAGAUGGUAUGUCACGAUUUGACUUUGGACAAGGCAAAGUAGGUAACUGCUGGUUUUUGUCUGCAAUAUCUGCACUGACCUUCCAAAAAAAUCUGAUGGAACAAGUUGUACCAAUGGACCAGUCCUUUGAGGAUUAUGCAGGAAUAUUUCACUUCCGGUUCUGGAGGUUUGGAAAGUGGAUAGAUGUUGUCAUCGAUGAUUAUCUGCCAACGAUCAACAAGCAGCUGCUGUCUGUUUCCUCGAAAUGUGGAAAUGAGUUCUGGGCUCCUCUGUUGGAGAAGGCAUAUGCCAAAGUUUGUGGUUCAUACGCAGACAUGCGUGGUGGGUCAUCGUCAGAGGCCUGCAAAGAUUUCACUGGAGGUGUGAACCAGAUUUACCAUCCCACAGAGGCCAAUGCACCGAGUUGUGAUGAACUCUGGCUGACACUAAGCAGAGCCACCAAGUGCAAAUCACUGAUUUGCUGUGGGACUUUGCAUAAAAAGGAUGCAUUGGCCAACACUGGAUUGGUAGAUGGGCAUGCCUAUUCUGUCACAGGCAUCACUGAGGUAAAUUCUUGAGUUUCAAAAGUAUAUUCCAUCUAGGAAAAGGGCUUUUGGUAAGAGGUUCAUUGCAGCAAAAUUGUAACAGUAUCAAUUAAAGAAUACUUGGUGAUAAUGAUAAAGAAGAAUUUUUUUUUUUUUUAAAAAC